GGACAAAGACUGCCAGGCACAGGGUAAAGGGCGGAAGGCAACGGCUGUCUCCUUCAGACCCAGGGAGAGGACACCAGAGAGCCCGCCUCCGUCGGGGGAGCUGUGGCUCAGACUAAAUGCCGGUGUUUGCAGGCUGCUCCCUACAAGCGCUGGAGCGGCUGAAGGAAGGUCUCACGUGCUUCUGCGUUACAUCACAUAAUUACUGAAGGCCGACCUGUGCCCUAUUCCUCUCUAUUCUCACCAGGAACACCUCUGACCCCGUGGUCCUGACGCCGGGCCAGCUCUGUGGCGCUACGAUGGCGCUCCCGAGGGAAGCAGGCAGCUCCUGGGAGGCACAGAGUGGUGCUCGGCGUGGCCCAGGGGUGACGCUGCUCUGAGGGCUCGGUGGGUGCAAACACGUGGGAGCAAACACAUGAAUCGUAGCUGCGGGCAGGAGGAAUAUCAGGUGCAUCUCCAGGCCCUGAGGGCGCAACUCCUCCACUUAAACCCCUCCCACUGGGGCGGCCGCUCAGUCUCUGAGAGCAGCCGGCUGAGACAGUCCUGCUCCUGGGCACUGGCCGCCUCCCGCCGCCUCCCGCUCCCUGCACUGCCUGCCUCCGAGUUCAAAUUCCUUAGAAACCUUUUAAACUUGCCAGCCACUCACUCUCUCCUGACGGCUGUCUCGGCCGCCACAGUGCCUGUCCACGCUUGGGAAGCCGUCGGAGACAGUGAGAGGCAGUCCCUGCAUCGAGACAGGCAAACAGCCCUGUGGCCAACUGAAACCACAUCUCCCAGGCCCCCCAUGAGCACGGCUUUUCUCGGCAGACCCGCAGCGCGUGGAGCUGGCUUCAAAUAAAAGCGGCGGGAAGGAAAGCAAGCGCACGUCGGUAAAAUCCCCAGGUGCGAAUCAAGCAGGAGCCAGCUGUGAGCCGACCCCCGGAAGCCGGAGCCUGACCCGGAAGAGGAAGAUGAGUCUUCUCAAAGAGCGGAAACCAAAAAAGCCGCACUACAUCCCGAGGCCUCCGGGGAAGCCCUUCAAGUACAAGUGCUUCCAGUGCCCCUUCACUUGCAACGAAAAGUCCCAUCUCUUCAACCACAUGAAGUACGGUCUCUGUAAAAACUCCAUCACUUUGGUAUCAGAGCAAGACCGUGUCCCCAAGUGCCCCAAGUCUAACCCUCUCGACCCUAAGCAGACGCACCAGCUGGACCCCACCGUGAAGCCCGCCUCCACCAAGUCGGCCACGCACAGCCUCCCCCACGUGGACACCAAGCUCCCACUCGGCCUGGCCAAGGACGACGCCAAGGAGAACCUGGAGCUGCAGCUGCGUGGGCCCCACAAGGGCGCUGGGCAGAAGCCUGCCCUCCACAGGGAGGCCGAGCACCGGGCUCCGGCCCCAGAGGCCGCGGCGGGCUCCCCGCCGGCUCUGGAAGGGGCCGUGCGGCCAUCGGCCUUCGUUCCCGUCGGAGAGCACAGACUCAAAGGGCCAGAACACGCCGAGGCUCCCGAGGCCCUGGCACUGCCCGGCACCACCACCAAGGCCACCCCUUUCCACACCAAGUCUGCAUUCCACGCCCCUGCCUACCCCUGGAAAGCUGGCUUGCCCUUCCUCCCACCCGAGUUCUCACAUAAAAUCCCACCCACCAAGGGGUUUGGGGCCCUUUCCCCUUACAUGCACCCCACAAUUCCCGAGUACUCACCCCACUUUUACACGGAGCAUGGACUGGCCACCAUCUACUCACCCUACCGCCCGGCCGGGAACUCGCCCGAGUGUGACGCCCCCCUGCUGUCAGUCUACGGGGCCCAAGACCAAAGGCACUUCCUGUCUCACCCGGGGCCAAUGCCCAAGCACUUGCACCCGUCUCCCUUGGCAUACGAUCAUUACCGGUUUUUCCAGCAGUACCACCCCAAUUUGCCAAUUCCUUAUGGAUUCUACAGACCAGAGUCUGCGUUUUCCUCCUAUGGCCUCAGACUGCCGCCUGUCCCUGGUAUUUCACAGGAUCAGAGCGCCCACCUCCUGGAAGAAGCUGCCCUGGUCUACCCAGCCUCCAGUCCAUCCAAGUCAAACCCUUCCCACUCCCACAAGAAACACACCGAGUUUGAGAAAGAGAGUCCGACUGCUGAGGCCGAAGACCCUUCCAAAGACAGGCAGAGGGACACAGAAGGGACCAAGAUGAGCCCACGGGCAGGCAGCGCGGCCACGGGCUCCCCAGGAAGGCCAAGUCCCACCAACUUCACCCAGACAAGCCAGCCCUGCACGGGGCUGGGCGACCUCUCGGACAAGCCCACAGCAGACGCCCUGGCAAGACUCCAGCAACCAGAGCGGAGCCUCACAGCCUUCAAGCCCAUCAAGAAGAGCACCGAGCGCCCACAUUUCCAGGCUCCAGAAAACAGAGAUGACCCUCCACAAAGCCUCGGCACCAUGGACACCGACACUCCGGCCCAGACAGGCAGCACCUCUCGCGGCAUGGAGGCCAUGCCGCCCGGCCCCGAGGACGGCUCCGGGAUAGCCCCACUGAACCUCUCCAAGAAACCGGAGGCCAGGCCGGCAGCAGCUCCCGACCCCCGGUACACAGACUUCCCGGAGCUGCAGGACGUGCCUCUCAACCUCUCGGUGAAGGACCCCUGCAACGCCCUGGCCCAGAGGCCUUCCCCCCACAGCCCCCCGCCAGAGGCAGAACCCGCCACGGCUCAGAAGACCAGGCCGGCAGGUUCCGGAGAUGAGCCGGGACAUACAGAGACGAACCACAACAGCCUUGGCUCCGAUGAGGUCCCAAUGACCAGCCCCACUGGGAAGGCCCAGGACACACGGGCAGUGGACAGCAGCGACGAGCAGAAGCAGACGGCAGCCGUGGCCCUCUGCCAACUGGCGGCCUACAGCCCGGGCACCGUCCGGGUAGGCGAUGGGGAGCCUAUGGCCCAGGAGUCCACCUGCCAACAAGACACGCCGGCUCUCAGUGCCACGGCGAGCCAGGAGCCUCAGAGUGACCUCAGACCCAAAGGGCAGAAGAGGACGAGCCCACGGGAUUCAGGGAAGUCCCAGCAGGGAGCUAAGAAGACGAAGUUGAGUGACACGGCCCGAGUGUUCACCCUCCGGAAAAGGACUCGGGUGUCCUAGUGCUGGCUCCCUGGCACAAAGCAGGGCGCAGAGCAGCUCAUCUGCAACAGCCCCUGCGUUUUUUAUCUGUCCAUUUUUACAGGCAGUUUUUUCUUCUCAAAAAACAAAAUACACAUAAAGAGAAAGAAAAAAGAAAAAACACGAAAAGGCUACGAUUCAGCUCACUUUUUGUAAAUAUUAAGCAUGAAUAUUAUAAGGUGCUUCCAUUUGGGACUGUAAAAACAUCAGAAUGACUCCUACUCUAAGAUUGGCGAGUUAGACACUGGCUUUUAUUUUUAUAAUAGAAUGAAUGAAACAGGUUGGACUACAAGGUAACUUUCAAGUAUAAGCCAUGUCAUAGGAAGUCUUGUAAAAGUACUUUUCUUAUAAAUACAAUUCUUACACCAGAACAAAUGGUCUUAGCUGUCUCAUUAAACCUACUGUGUCAUGAAGUCAGCGACAAUAACUGGAAAUGCCAGAAGCCUUUUCAGCAUCAGCACUGCAGUGCUGUCUCUGAGGACAUUUUGAUUUGUUGUGACUAAAUAAUACACAAACAUCAGGAGGCUAUUUAUACAAAUAAUUUAUUUCCAGGAGGGAACAUGUUUUACUGGUGGAGUUAUUACCAAUAUAGUCCAUCCCAUGUAAUGUUACAGUGAACUUUCUGAUUCAUGCAGCCUCACUUUCCACUUCCUAAAAUGAUGUAUAUAUUGCCAAUUUUCCAAUAAACUCUUGAUAAACUUUAAGGGUGCACAAAAUAAAAAGAAAUAUGGACUCUGUUAUAUUUUAGAGUAUUCUGCCAUAAUAAACUCAGUGAAAGAAGAGACCAGAGCUGAGGCAACAAUUAAAACAGACUGAGAGUGAAUGUGAGUGUGUGUACACGUGAGCGUGCGAAUGUGCGUGCAGACCAGUGGGCACCACCUGGGCUCCUCGGAGCCUACUACAGGCCCUGGCCUUGGAGCACUGCAGGAGGACGAGCUGCCAGAGCCCGGCUUUCUAAAGGGCUGCUGAGAGCAGGCCGGGGGCCUUCAGCCCCUCCUCCCGCCUCUUCACAACAGCCUGGGUUCUCCCGUUUACCCCCCGGGACGUCGACCACAGGCCCUGGAAAGGCACAUGGUGCGGAGUAGGAUUCACUCCAGGGACUGGGAGGAGCUCUCGACCAGGCAGGUGGUGGUCACCAAGUGCAGGUCCAGUGAAGGCAGAGGACAAACACUGCUAAAGCAAGAAAGCCAUCCCCAACCACCUGUGUACGCAACAAGGCUUCUCAGCACAGAGCU